ACAAAUACUCACAAUUGAGUAAACUUAAAAGGGUAAUUGCCUAUGUUUUACGCUUCAUCAAUAUUAAAUGUAAAAAACAAUCUACGAAGGGCCCGCUAAGUGCAACAGAACUUGAAAAUGCUUUAACUGUUUUGGUGAAGUUGUCACAACAACAAUCAUUCUCUGUAGAUUUACCCGCACUUGUAAAUAACAAAAAACUAAGCCCUAAAUCACGUCUCAUUGCAUUAGCUCCAUUUGUUGACUCUCAGGGGAUCCUGAGAGUAGGGGGCAGGCUAGGUAAAUCUAGAUAUGAUUUUUCGGUGAAACAUCCCAUACUUCUUUGUUCCAAACACACACUCACAAAACUAAUUUUCACUAACGAACACAAACGCCUCUUGCAUGCGGGACCUCAACUCAUGUUGGCAUCCGUGCGUGAGCAGUUCUGGCCCAUUGGGGGUAGGGACUUAGCACGACGCACGGCUCACAAAUGUGUCAUUUGCAUUCGGCAAUAUGGCCGAACAAUGUCCAAUAUAAUGGGUAAUUUGCCAUCACAACGAGUCACGCCCGGCUUCCCAUUUUCUACUGUAGCUGUCGAUUUUGCAGGUCCAUUCUUGAUCACUGAUCGGCGAGGCCGUGGCUGUAAGAUAACAAAAUGUUAUCUAUGUCUCUUCAUCUGUCUUAGAUUUAAAUGUGUACAUUUGGAGGCAGUGAGUGAACUUUCUAAAGACGCCUUCAUAUUGUCCCUGCGCCGCUUCAUUUCGCGUAGGGGUAAGCCAAAAGAAAUCUACUGUGACAACGGCAAAAACUUUGUUGCCGCUGCCAAAGAGAUUAAUGUCUUUUUUAAACAAAAUUCUGGCCCUAUUUUAGUGUUUGCUGGUGAUCAUAAUAUUGAAUUUAAAUUCUCCCCGGCUUACGCUCCUAAUUUUAACGGUUAUGUAGAGGCUGGCAUUAAAUCAGCAAAAUUUCAUAUUAAGCGCAUUUUAGGGAACACGCACCUCACCUUUGAGGAGCUUUCGAGUUUAUUUGCUCAAAUUGAGGCUGUCCUUAACAGUCGUCCUCUAUGCCCCCUCUCUUCCUCUCCCAACGACUAUGCAGCGCUCACACCCGGGCACUUUCUCCUUGGCAGGCCACUGACGUCGCUUCCGGCCCCGGACCUGACAGAAGCCAACACUCGCAACCUGGACCGCUUCAAUCAGCUGGAGCAGAUAAGGCAGCACUUCUGGAAGCGGUGGCAGUCCGAGUACGUCAUGGAGCUGCAGCAACGUUCCAAAUGGAAAACGCGUGCCAGGGAUCUGCAGCAGGGAGACCUAGUACUAAUAAAAGACGAGAAUCAACCCCCACUUCUAUGGCGUCUGGGCAGAGUGGUGAAACUUCAUACUGGCUCAGACGGAGUACCACGGGUCGCAGAUAUUGACACCGUGCGGGGAGUUAUCAGACGGGCUCUGAACCGCAUAUGUCUUUUACAUGAUUCUUGAAAGCAGGGCUUUCAAGGGCCCCCAGCAUGUCUGCGACGCUGCUUACAACGUCA